AUGGGCCUCUUCCAUCACUACUGUUUCUCUGAUGCCCCUCUUCAUGAGAUGGACUCCAAGCAGGACCCCAACCCGUUCCUCUGUCCUUCCAUUGAGCCUGAUGCAUUGCUACGUAGUUCUGUUCCUCCUUUGGCCAGUAAGGAGCAGGGAAGGCUGGGAAGUUCUGCUCGAACCCUCGCUCCACUCCACUUCCCGUCUGAGCUGCUUCCUUUUGAUGAGGCUCUGAGGGAUGUGUGCACCAUCCGACCCCUGAUGGAUGGAGAUGUGGUGGCCAGACACGGAGGACAACUGUUAGAGAUCAAAGCUGCUGAGCGGAGAGAAAUGGAGAAGCAGAUGAAAAUUGAAAACUUGUUUGUCACCUGGCAGCAGAGGUCAGCACAGUCCAACAUGCCUAUUUCAGGAACAGAUCUGGAAAUUUUGAAGCAGUCAUCAAGACUUGUCCACUACUGUGCCACCCCUCUUCUUUUUGACCCCAUCUUCCGUAAGCAGAUCCAAGAGGAAGUCGCAGCUCAGCCUCUUCUAAAGAAAAGGCACCGCUCAAGUGACUCGACAGCAUCAGGACGGGAUCGCAGCUUCAGCACUGAUUCCACAGAAAUGCUUCCCUGCAGACUAAAGGAUGAACCCUGGCUGCUGGAGAUUUCCAGCAACUUCCUUCAGCAGUAUGUCCAGUACCUGCAGAGCAUGGGCUUCAUCCUGGUGCAGGUCCGGCCUUCGUCUCCAGCCCGCAGCAUCGCCAGGACCCGUGCUGCCAUGCUGAGCUCCAUGUCAUUGGAAGGAAGGAUGUCUUUUUCUUAUGUGAAGCAGAAGAGUGAGGACAGCCCUAAGACGACAUCAUCUGGUACCACUGCCUAUCACCUCCAGAGGGCGCUGCCAGGAGGGAUUGUGUUGAUGGAACUGGCUUUUCAGGGCUGUUACUUCUGUGUGAAGCAGUAUGCACUGGAGUGUUCCCGGAUCCCCAUGGGCCAGAGCGUUAACUCUCAGGGCAGCAUCGUCUCCAAACUUCGUUGCAAGCCGUUUCCUGAUGCCACACCAGUAUCUGACUGUGCGCUGUCCAUGCUCUUCACUGAGGAGUGCGAUAAGGUUCGAGACCUGAUGCACAUCCACUCUUUCAGCUACGAUUUCCACCUGCGAGUGGUUCACCAGUACCUGGUAGGCUGCCACAUGACGCUGCGACAGGGCUACCAGCUGACCGAUUUCCUGGAUGACUUCAUCUCCCAUCACCCAGAUAUUCCCAAGUUUGGCCAUAAUCAUGUCUUUCAAGGGAGUUUUUCCAUUUCCACUGGGAUGAUAACAGCUCACCAGCUCUACAACUACAUCACUGAUCAUGCCAGCAGCUAUGGCAUGAAGCCCCUCCGCAUGUCCAAAAGUGCGGUCGGUACCGACAACAAGAAGGGGAGUCCAGACCUGCAUGAGUACGCCUUGGUGGCUCUGUGGAACAGUUCGGGGUCUUACAAAGAUCUGGAGGGUCUUGACCACCAUGAUGAUUUCGAUGUGACCCUGCUAGUGUGCCACAAUGCUGCUCCAUUUGAGGAACAGUCAGAUGGGGAGAGGCAUUUACUCAGGUUGCGGUUUUUUGUUAUCAUGACCAGUCAGAGGGAGCUGUUCCCUCGCCUCACUGCUGACAUGUGCCGCUUUAAGAAGCUUCCUCUAAUCUACCGGGAUCUUUGUGAGCCAGACGGUAGACUCCCCCAGGAUCAACUAGAGACUUCUGGUUCAGGUGGGGACGAGCGGGACCUUUGGGAGGAAACUUCAUCUGUAGCUUCGGCUGCCUCAGCUCCAAGUGACGGCAACGAGUUUUAUCCUCUGGCUGGGGGCAGGCCUGGGGCUCAGGGACUGAUCCACGCUUCCCCCAUGUUCCCUCUGCUCAACAACGAGGUGGCAACGGCCCACAGACACAUCCAGACCAGUGUGGAGCAAGCCAUGGAUCACUGCCGCAGGGACAACCUGUGGAAGAGGCUGUUCCACGGAGAAUAUGUGGCCCUGGACAAACUGAAACUGGCCAAGCUUUCCUUCACAGAGCUGGAGGAACUGCUGCAGGCCGUGCAGAGCCGCUCCGUGGGGGAAAUUGACUCACAGCUGGACUGUUUCCUCACAAUGAGUCCAGCGUGGUACCAAGGUCUUAUCAAAGUCCUGCUGAACCGGUUCCCUCAAAGCUGCAGACACUUUGAUGACAACGGGAUCCAGUAUCUGGCUGUUCUGAACCAGAAAUUUACCGACUGUUUUGUGCUGGUCUUUCUGGACAACCAAGCAGGGAAAACCAGUCUGAAGGUGGUGUUCCGGGAGCCGCUGCCCUCACAGCCACAGGCCGGCGGCAGCCCCCCUCCUCAGCUGGUGUCUAUGUACCACCACCUAGAGUCUGUCAUCAACACGGCCUGUUACAACCUCUGGACUGGACUCCUCUAG